AUGGCCGAGCGGGGCAAAGCGAAUCAGAAUUUGAAUCUACAAUCACAGUCACCCAUCAUAAAGAGACAUUCCCAUCAAUCGAUUGGCCAGUGUUUAACUCACAUUUCAAGUCCGAACGAAUUGACGUUUACAUUUAAUCCUCCACAUCACUUGAAUCAAACAACCCCGGCUACCACCAAGUUUCUAGUAAACUAUCUUCCAUUGCUACAAAACCCCCCGUUACAUCUUGCAAUUCUAGUAGCAGCAGACUCGGAUUUUGUCAUUGAUGCUCCAACGGAGAAACGCAAAUCUGGAGAUGCUGGAUUAGAAUCUGUUAAAGAAAAACUAAGAUGUGCUGGUUAUCUAUGGCAAGCAUUUACGGCCGAACAGAUGCAUCGCAAUGGUUUCGGUAGAAGGGUUUUUCGAUUAUAUGAGGAAUGGCAACCAGACACCAUGUCUAAUCAGGAAACGUCUCUGCGCGAGACAGCCAAAAUCUACAUAAUACGUACCAAAUACACGAAAGAGGAAUUGCUCGAUCCAGACCGCGCUCAACAGUACAAGAGACCACCGGGCACUCCAAACCCAAAGAAAAAGGACCUAUUUGCUAUAUUCAUGGAAGCAUUGAGAGAUUAUGGACCGCCGUUUGAUCGCCAAUGUUAUGUUGCCGGUUUAAUUUUGGACAGUCACUAUGAUCCCGCAAUGGAUUUGAUUAGGGGACAUGCUGCGUUAGGAGGUGGUGCUGAUCACAUACGUUUGGGCAUAUUCGGGAGUCAUCUCACGCACGCUUGGCCGCGUUGUCUUGAGCAAGUCGUAAGUUGUUUCCAAGAUGACACAAAUAUUACUCAAGAUUUGGCAAACGAUAAUGGAGAAAGUUAUACCUGGUGGAAGUGUUGUAAUAUUGGCAUUGGCGCUAUGUUACAUGAAGUAGGACACGCAUUGACUUUGCCUCAUUCAAAAUCAGGGAUAAUGAGCAGAGGUUAUAACAAUCUGAACCGUACGUUCACUGUCAAGGAGCCUCAUCGAAAUACGCCCGUUCUUCCUCAAGACGAAAACGGUGCUCAUUGGCACAGAUGUGAUGUCAUGCGGCUUCGUUUCCAUCCUUGCUUUCGACUUGCAACCGAUCCAUCAAAUGAUCACGAUUACAAGCACGCGUAUCCCACCUUUUGGCCAGUGGAUGAUUCCGUCCUAGUUAAAUGCAUGGCGGGAAUUUCCCUCAUUGAAGUAAAGCUGGACGACCAGUUUCAGACCCAUUUUGAAUUUCCUGAUGAACAGCCACAUGAAUGGAGAUUACAAAUUGAUCACAUUAAAAAGCAAGUCGGAUGGAAAAAUGGGCAGAGGCUUGACAUAGCCAUUAUAACAACGGGCCAAGAAGAGCAUACUUUAGUUGAUGCGCAUUCGUUCCUAGAAACCCACAGAAACCUUUACCCGGAUAUUGGGCUAGCAUUGAAAAGCGGCACCUUGGGAUCAAGUGGUGGUAGCAAGUUUGAAGUUAUAUUCCCCAAAUCUAACGCGCAUGUUUCCAAAGUUAGAAUUAACUCGGGAAUUUUUUUGGAUGGAUUAAAAUUCUAUUGGUCUAAUAAGAAGAACGUUUCGAUCGGUGGCAAAGGGGGCUCAGCGAGCAAGUUUGAAUUAACAAAGAGAGAGAAAUUGGUCUCAUUGAUGGUAAAGGCCGGAAUUUAUGUUGAUGGCAUUGAAUUUAAAACAAAUCUGGGAAGAACUAGUGGAUGGCGGGGUGGAAUGGGUGGUUGUGAACUGACUGUCCUAAGUGCACCAGAGGGACAUGAGAUGGUCGGCAUCCAUGGAACUGCUGGAUCACUCAUUGACAGUAUUGGGAUUAUUUAUCGGCCUGUACAACAUUAA